AUGGAGUUAUUCUGUCACGAACAUGUCAAACUGGACUCGAGCUCUCAGAUAAAGUCCAGACCGGUUCGGGCGUUCAGAGACGCGGUUCUGAUCCAAGACAAACGGGUCUGUCAGAACCUGCUGAGCUCGGAGAGACCGAACAUCGUUAAACCCGGCACCGAACAGACCGACGUGCAGCCCUACAUGCGGAGAAUACUGACCGGGUGGAUGCUUCAGGUGUGUGAGGAUCAGAAGUGUGAGGAGGAGGUGUUUCCUCUGGCCGUUCACUACCUGGACAGGUACAUGUCCCAGAAUGCCCUGCGUAAAUGCCACCUGCAGCUUCUGGGAACCGUCUGCAUGUUCCUGGCCUCCAAACUCCGGGAAUCGGUUCCUCUGAGCGCCGCCAAGCUGUGCGUGUACACGGACCACGCCGUCACCGUCCCAGAGAUCCUGCAGUGGGAGGUGCUGCUGGUGUCGCGGCUCCGCUGGGAUCUGGCCUCAGUGCUGCCCUCUGACUUCCUGGAGCUGUUACUGCAGGUGCUGCCGCUCGAAGUGCAGAACCACCCGGCCCUGAGGAGACACACACACUCCUACAUCGCCCUGAGCGCCACAGAGCUGAAGUUCUCGGUCUUCGCUCCGUCACUGGUGGCCUGUUCGUGUGUGACGGCGGCUGUUGUUCGACUGAAUCUCCUGAAAGACUCGCUCAGCGCCGACGACCUCCUGAAACUCCUGAGGAACGCCCUGGACCUGGACAUGGCUUCUCUGCUUCAGUGCUUCUCGUCUCUGGAGGAAACCAUCGGGCUGACGCUUCCGUCUACACCUGCGGUCCGGGACGCCCCACCGGCUGAUCAACUCUAGCUUCUUCCCAGUGUUCCCAGUUCCACUGCACUGCUUGACCACGUUCACGUUCGUCUUUACCUAGCAGAUGUUCUGCUGUCAAACACACACGCUGCUGAUUUUAGUCAAUGAUUAAUUCUACGAUUGACAUGUAACUUUUCUCCAUUUUAAACUUGAAAUAUGUGAAAAUAAAAUAUGAGGAUGGUGAA